UUUUCACUGUCAUAUGUCAACCAACUGUUCGCCACGACUAACAAAAUAAAUAAUCUAAUACAUAUAUGAAAACUUUAUUACAACUAUUAAUCUAAAAUGGUUAGAACGGUUUAUUCGCCAGAAUAUUGUCUUCAAUAUUUAGAACAAUAUGCUUCGCAGGAAACAUUUGUGUUAGGGUUAAUUUUAGGCCAGAUAUCAAAUGCACGUGAAAAUGUUAUCCAUCUGGCUAGAACUCCUGAAGAAAAACCAGCAGAGUCAUCAUCAGAAGCUAGCUUCACAUCGGAAAAAACAGAGUUAGAGCAUAAUUUAUUAGGAGUUUCGGAAGCGUGGGUAGCGGAUCACGCCAGACAUGUUACUCGAAUGCUUCCUGGAGGCAUUUUUGUACAAGGAAUUUUUAUAACAAGCGAUGAGGACAUCUUUGAAGACCCAAACUAUUUUAGCAAAGUUAGAGCUGUGCUUAAUUAUGUUUACAAAGCAUUAGGCAUGAAUCAGUUUAUGUAUGGAAAUUAUACAAAUUUAAAUGAAAAGCUCAUACUGCACAUGUCCACAAGCACAAAGGUCCUUACAUGUAAGAGUAUUGAAGUAGGCGUUGGUAAGAAUUCAGCAAUAAAACCGGUGGAUUGGAAGUUUUUACCAAAACAUCAGCAAUGGCAGCGUUUAGAUUGUUAUUAUGAAUUUGAUGAAGUUUAUCCUGUGAUAGUAAAGAAAAGUGGAAUAUCUGUGAAGCAACAAUUUCAGCAAAUUUUAGAGUCUGCUCACAAAACUAUUUCAUCCAGUGUAAUGUUUAUCGACGGUGAACUGAAAGACGGCUCUGAGGCACUGGAGCAACUCGUUAAAAAGAAAAGACCCAAAAGUAGUGCAAAAUGUGCCCAAGAUGCCCCUAAAUCAAUGCACGUGUCUUUGUUUGUCCCAUUUGAAAAUAGUUUGCCAGAAACCGUGGAGUAUUUGGAAUGUGAUGGCAGCAUUCAUUUCAGUGGUGUUGUGUCAUCUAGUGUGUUCAUGUACCCUAAGGCCACAGUUAGCGAGGCUAUUUUAGCUGUAAAGCAGGACAUAAUAAGAUCAUUAGCUUCCCGGUUCACUAUGCACUGUGAUGCUUUGAUUGAUGAUAAUUUAUUACCUGAGGAAAAAGUAUGUUUCAAUGAGCCGCCAAGACGAGUGUUAGUUCCGGUUGGGUCUCUUUAUUUUUGUGACUACCUCUUCCCCGGGGAGGCUCCUGCUGAGGCUCUGUUGUCUGUCAAAGAGCUAUUAGACUUACAAAUAACAGAGAGUGAGGUUAUUUGUGAUGUGGAAACUCCCGCAGAUACAUCUGAAUUUGAUGCCCUUGAUAGGGAUACAAGCAGCGAAGAACUCUUAGCCACUCCUCAGGAAGCGAGCCAGUUCAUGUAUAUAACCGGCAUAUGUUUUGCCAUGCUUGUUCUGUUUGUGUCAAUUAUAAUACAUUAUUAUGAUGCCAUUGUUCACUUUAUUAGUAACUUAGUGUCUAGAUCUUAGUUAUUAUAUAAAGUUAUGUUAAUUGAAAAAUUAAUUAUUAAUUUUCAGACUCAUUAACUAAGUAUAUAUUAUUUAAAAUUAACUUUCUUAUAAAUUUAAUUAUCUGAUUUUACAAUAUAAAGUUAUAAUUCAAAUGUGCAUAGUGAUAAUGUAUUGAAUUUAUAUAUCAAUAGCAGACAUUGCUGACUGUUCCAUAUGUAUUUCUAUUAAGGUUUAUUGUAACUUAGCCUUAAAAUAUGAUGUGCACCUGUUUUGUACAGACGUUGUGUAUUUAGUGUCAUAAAAUAUUUUUUUUACA